GUUGAAACGAAUGUGACACAAGUUAUAUUGUUGGAAAUUCCAUAAAAAUUAAGCCACGUUGUUUACUAUUCUAAAAUUUUCUGUAGUAAAACAUAUAAUUUUUGCAAUAUGUUUAUUAUUUAUACAAAUAAAAAUAAUUUAAAUGGUUUAAAAUUGUUUUUAAGUAGUUUAUUUGGAAAGAAAAAUGUCGAAAUAAAAAUUGUUGAACUGACAGAGGUGUCGUCUCCAACGAAAAGGUUGCCAAUUUUAGAGUUAGAAAAUGGUACACAAAUAUUUUCACCAAAUGCAGCUUGCAAAUACUUAUUUCCAGCAAGUGAAAAAUUAAUUAGUUCUAUUGAUCAGUUAUUAGAAUGGGAGAGCACGAUUUUCUUACCAACAUUACUCAAUUCAACGAAUAAAUCAAAUAACAUAAGUUUAGAACAAUGUCUAAAGUAUUUAGAAAAUUAUUUAGAUAAAUCUUCGUUUCUUUUAAGUAAUGAUAUAACAGUAGCUGAUUUAGUACUGUUUAGCUCGAUUUAUGCUUUGUAUUUAGAUGAAGAAUUGAAAAAAAGUUACCUUAGCACAAAAGUUCAGAAUUGGAUUAAUGUAUUAUUGACUCAACCUAAUUUAAUUGAAGGAUUAAAAAAAUAUUCUUUGACGUCAUCUGCUUAUAAAACUUUAUUAACAUCGUUACCAUCGCAUGCGCUUCUCGAAGCACCCAAAACAGAUAUGCCUUCUAACAGUGGUGAUUCAAAUAAUAGUUCUCCGUCACAUCAAGCAUCUUUAGAAGUUCUUUCUUCAGAAGAAUUACAAGAAGCUAAAAAUGCUUGGCUAGAUAGUACAGACUUCAAAGUUAAAAAAGCAGUUUAUCCAGUAGUUCCUGUACCUGGCGAAAGAAAUGUUUUAAUCACAUCAGCGCUUCCAUAUGUAAAUAAUGUGCCACAUUUAGGUAAUAUUAUCGGAUGUGUACUUUCAGCUGAUGUUUUUGCAAGGUUUUCUCGACUUUGCAAUAACAAUACUUUGUUCGUGUGUGGUACGGACGAAUAUGGAACAGCAACAGAAACAAAAGCUCUUGCUGAAGGUUUGACUCCGCAACAAAUUUGUGAUAAAUACUUUCAAAUACAUAAUGAUAUUUAUCGUUGGUUUGGAAUUGGAUUUGAUUAUUUUGGACGAACAACAACACCUGAACAAACUGAAAUAUGCCAAGAAUUUUUUUUGAAAUUGAAUUCAAAUGGUUUUAUAUCAACACAAUCAGUGGAUCAAUUGUACUGCAGUAAAUGUGAUCGAUUUUUGGCGGAUCGUUUUGUGGAAGGUGGUUGCCCAAAUAUUGGAUGUAAUUAUGAGGACGCACGAGGUGAUCAAUGUGAUGGAUGUGGUAAAUUAGUAAAUGCUAUUGAAUUAAAGAAUCCUCGUUGUAAACAAUGUUCUAAUCAACCAAAGAUUAUGCAAUCUGAACAAUUUUUCUUCGAUUUACCCAAGAUUGAACCGAUGUUGAAGUUAUGGAUGAAAGGUGUUUGGGAUGGUUGGUCAUACAAUGCAAAAGUUAUUGCUAAUUCGUGGAUGAAAGAAGGUCUAAAACCUCGAUGUAUAACACGUGAUUUAAAAUGGGGUAUUCCUGUACCACUCGAGAAAUAUAAAAAGAAAGUAUUUUAUGUGUGGUUUGAUGCUCCAAUUGGUUACGUAUCAAUAACAAAACGUUAUUCGCCAACUGCUUGGAAACAAUGGUGGUGUCCUGAUCGAAAAAAAAAUCCAAAUUUAGAAGUUGAAUUAUAUCAAUUUAUGGCCAAAGAUAAUGUUCCAUUCCAUUCUGUUAUGUUUCCGGCUACUUUAUUAGCUAUUAAUGAAGGACAUACGGUUGUGAAGCAUUUAAUGGCUACAGAAUACUUGAACUACGAAGAUGGAAAAUUCUCUAAAUCACGUGGUAUUGGUGUAUUUGGAAACGAUGCUCGUGAUACUGGUAUUCCUGCGGAUGUAUGGAGAUUUUAUUUGUUGUAUGUCCGACCAGAAUCACAAGAUUCAUCAUUCAGUUGGUCGGAUUUAGCCACUAAAAAUAAUUCAGAAUUAUUAAAUAAUCUUGGUAAUUUUGUUAAUAGAGCUUUAGUAUUUUGUGAAAAAAAUUUUAAUGGAAUUGUACCAAAAAUAACUAUUGUUGAUGAUGAUGUAACUCUUCUGGCAUUAUGUAAUCGUGAAUUAAAAUCGUACAUAAAUUCAUUAUCAAAAGCACAUUUAAGAGAUGGUAUCAGACAUAUUUUGGCUAUUUCUCGGCAUGGAAAUCAAUAUAUGCAAGCAAAUCAACCUUGGGUAUUAUUAAAAGGAACUGAUGAAGAAAAAGCUCGAGCUGGUACUGUAAUUGGAUUAUGUUGUAAUUUGGCAUGUUUACUAUCGAUACUUUUACAUCCUUACAUGCCAGAAACAAGCCGUGUUAUGAAACAACAACUAAAUGCUUCCGACGAUGUAAUUCUUAUUACACCAAAUCUUCCACGAGUUCGAAAUUUAUUACCAUCAGGACACAAAAUUGGUAAACCUGCUCCAUUAUUUAGUAAAAUCGACUUAGCACGUGUGGAAGAAUUAAAAUCGAAAUACGGAGGUGUACAAAAUGAGGAACCUUCAACGGAAACUAAAUCGAAAAAUGCAUUAGUAAAUGAUUUUGAAAUAGUUAUUAAGAAACAAGAAGAUAAAAUUAACUCCAUGAAAUCUAAAAAUGCGACACAAUCUGAUUUACAAACAGAACUAUUGAAACUUAACGAAUUUAAAAAACAAUUGAAAGAUAUUAAAAAGGGAAAUGUUCCUAAAAAUUUAAAGAAUGGUAAUAAUGAAGGAGCAAUGGUAAAUGGAGAUAUUAAAUCAGCCCCUGUUGCGACAUCUGUUGAUGAGGGAUUAAUUAAAGAAAUUGAAACGAAAAUCACGCAACAGGGUGAAUUAGUACGAUCUUUAAAAUCAAGUGGUGCAGAAAAAUCGGUAUGGGAACCUGAAGUUAAAAAAUUAUUGGAAUUGAAAUCACAACUAUUGGCUGCUGGUGGAACUCCAGCACCUGCGCCUGCACCAGGAAAGUCAAAGAAAUCUAAGAAAUAAUUUAUUGAUAUUGUUCAAAAGAGUUAGAUGAAUUUUAUAUUUGAGAGGUGAACGGUGGACACAAUGAGACGUAAAGAGAUUGUAAUUUAUAUUUUGAUCUCUUAAAUAAUCCAUUAUAAAUAUUUCGUAAUUAUUUAUAAUUUAUACAAAACUAAUUUAUUUAUUAGCAAUUAAGUUCAUCAUUUUAAUUUAUUACUUUUUCAAGUAUUGUACGAAAUAAGUGUAAUGUCUAAAUUAUUAUCAAUAAAUGUUUCGUUUUUAUGACUA